GUCCACCGUUGUCUUUCCAGACCCCCACUCGCUGCCAACAGCCCUACGGAGUCUAUUCAUAUACUUCGACUUCGACAGUGACCUCGACAUCCCACACAACUGAAUAUCUGUCCGCCAUGUCGUGGAAGCUCACAAAGAAACUCAAGGAGACGCAUCUGGCGCCCUUGGCCAACACCUUCAGCCGUUCGUCUUCCACCUCGACCAUCACUCCCGAGCCUGCACCCAAGCCGCCAAACAGCCCUCUCGCCUCGUCCACCACCGUCAACGACCCCAAUGGAAUCGCCGCUUCUGAAGCCAAUUCCUCGCCUCCUGCCCCACCUCUCAAGCCCGGUAUCUUGAUCCUCACCUUCCACGAAGGUCGUGGCUUCUCUCUGCCUGCCGGCGCCGAACAGAUCUUCCAGCCUCGCCACGGCGCCUCUCUGUCCAGCGGCAGUGGCUUCUCAGUUGCCGGUGCUCGCCCUGGCUCCGUAGGCGGUGCAGGCUAUGGCUCAUAUGCCCCUGGACGUCCACAAUCCUCGCAAGGAGGCAUCAAUGCCGCCCCCUCGGUCCACGGUCGCUACUCUUCCAAGUAUCUGCCCUACGCUCUCGUUGAUUUCGACAAGCAACAAGUCUUCGUAAACUCUGUAUCGGGCACACCAGAGAAGCCCGUUUGGGCUGGCGAAAACACCCAGUACAAGUUCGAUGUGUCUCGCGCUUGCGACCUGAACCUGUCCAUCUACAUCAGAAACCCCAACGCUCCUCCCAACGCUGGCAGAAACGACGACAUCUUCCUGGGAACCUGCAGAAUCAACCCUCGCUUUGAGGAAGUCCACCCCUACGAGGAAGACCCCAAGCUGGGCAGAAAGGACAGAGAAAAGGCCGCUUUCGCUCACGCCGAAAAGGCAAAGACUCAAGGCCAAUCGGGUACGGAAUGGGUUGAGCUUCAAUACGGAACCGGCUCGAUCAAGUGUGGUGUCAAGUUUGUCGAAAACAGGCAAAGGUCGCUCAAGAUAGAAGACUUCGAGCUGCUCAAGGUUGUCGGCAAGGGUAGUUUCGGAAAGGUCAUGCAAGUACAGAAGCGCGAUACUCGCCGAAUCUACGCCCUCAAGACGAUCAGAAAAGCACACAUCAUUUCCCGCUCAGAAGUCGCCCACACGCUGGCCGAGCGCUCCGUGCUGGCCCAGAUCAACAACCCUUUCAUUGUUCCUAUGAAGUUCUCCUUCCAGUCACCAGAGAAGCUCUACAUUGUCUUGGCCUUCGUCAACGGUGGUGAGCUCUUCCACCACCUACAAAAAGAGCAGCGUUUCGACAUCAACCGAUCGCGUUUCUACGCAGCUGAACUUCUGUGUGCUCUCGAGUGCCUGCACGGCUUCAACGUCAUUUACAGAGACUUGAAGCCCGAGAACAUCUUGCUCGAUUACACUGGUCACAUUGCCCUGUGCGAUUUCGGUUUGUGCAAGCUUGACAUGAAGGAUGAGGACAAGACCAAUACAUUCUGCGGAACGCCGGAAUAUCUUGCACCCGAGCUGCUUCACGGUACCGGUUACACCAAGACGGUCGACUGGUGGACACUUGGUGUUCUUCUUUACGAGAUGCUUACAGGAUUGCCGCCGUUCUAUGACGAAAACACCAACGACAUGUACCGCAAGAUUCUGGCAGAGCCUCUACACUUCCCCGGACCCGAGAUUGUACCUCCUGCAGCACGCGACUUGUUGCAGAAGCUGCUCGAUAGGGACCCGACCAAGAGACUCGGUGUCAACGGCGCGGCAGAAAUCAAGGCACAUCCCUUCUUCCACAGCAUUGACUGGAGAAAGCUUUUGGAUCGCAAGUACGAGCCCAGCUUCAAGCCCAAUGUGCUCGAUGACAGAGAUACUGCCAACUUCGACCGCGAAUUCACGUCAGAAGCACCUACAGAUUCAUACGUAGAAGGACCCAUGCUUUCAUCAACGAUGCAACAACAGUUCGCAGGUUGGUCGUACAACCGCCCAGUCGAGGGAUUGGGUGAUGCAGGAGGUAGCAUCAAGGACCCGUCGUUCAUGACUCACUGAUUGACGAGAUGAGAUGGGAUGACAAAGCGAAUUUGCAAUAGAGGGCCGGUCUGAUCGUGUACAUUUGCUCGUCGAGCAGCGGGACUGCUUGAAGAGGCGGCCGAAAAGCAGCAAGAAAGAAUGACAGCAACCUGGCUAGGUAGAUUUUGGGCUGGACGAUAUGGAAGUUUCGCGUAACAGCAGUAUCUGAAACAACAGUCAAUCAAGUUCUACUGAGUACAAU